AUGUCCAAAUCCCCCGAUGUCGAUAUAAAUAUCACGGGACAAGACGAGAGCCCCUCCCCGUCUAGGGAAAGAGUGGUGGGGCCGUGGAAAUCCAUCAACCUUUGGGCCGAAGGGAAAAGCACAGGAGCCAUGGCUAUAGAGCCAUCCUCUUUACUUCCCGCAGCGACCCGUAUCCUGUUGAGCAGUGGAAAAAGCCCUGCUGUGAAAUUGACGAGUCAGCUUCCCAUGUUUCUAGAUCGCGAGGUUAUGGGAAUGCUCGCAAUCCCCUCCCCACAGAUAUGGGCAUACUACCGGCUCCACAACCCGAAUUGUCCCUCUUGCAAUUCCGUUGUUGAAUGGUUAGGCGGGAAACUGAGCCCCCAAAGCAGAAGCACCCGCUUAGGCCCAAAGAUUUUCAACCUCUGGAGAAGUGGUGGCUCACUAGUCCCCCAUGCGCUCAAUAGCUAUUGUCACAUCAACAAUGUUUACUGUACUUUGGACAUCUGA